CAUUCACUUCUUCUAUUUCUCCUUUACCUUGCAUCAAUGGCAAUGUAUAAUCAAACCAAAAACACUUUAUUUUCCAUGUUAAUCAUACUUUUCACUCUGUUCUAUGCACUCUUCAACCCUGCAUACUCAAUUUCCUUCAACUUCUCAAACUUCCAACCAAAUUUAUAUCUAAUAAAUUUCCAAGGUGAUGCAUUUUCCUCAAAUGGUGUUCUUCAGCUCACAAAAAACCAACUUGAUGGCCCCAUUACAAGCAGUGUCGGUCGCGCUUCUUUCGAUCAACCAGUGAAGCUUUAUGAUCAAGAAACAAAAAAGUUAACUGAUUUCACAACCCAUUUCUCUUUUGUCAUGAAAGCUGUUGUUAAAACACAGUUUGGCGACGGUUUAUCUUUUUUCAUGGCGCCUUUUCAAUCCGAUAUCCCGAAGAAUUCAUCAGGUGGUUACCUUGGUUUGUUUGACAUGGAUUCUGCUUUCAACACUAGUAAGAAUCAAAUAGUAGCUGUUGAGUUUGAUAGUUUUAAGAAUGAUUGGGAUCCUAGCUCUGAUCAUGUUGGAAUCAACGUUAAUUCGAUCGAAUCUGUCGAAAAUGUUACUUGGAAGAGUAAUAUUAAAAAUGGGUCAGUUGCUAAUGCUUGGAUUUCAUAUAACUCUACCACAAAAAACCUUUCUGUUUUUCUUACUUAUGCUAAUAAUCCAACUUUUCAUGGAAACUCUAGUCUUUCAUAUGUGAUUGAUUUGAGGGAUGUUUUGCCGGAAUAUGUUAGGAUCGGUUUUUCGGCCGCUACUGGUGAAUGGAUUGAAAUACACAACAUUUUAUCUUGGUCAUUCAAUUCAAAUUUGGAGAGUGGAAGUGGUAGGAACAUCAAGAUUGGUUUAGGUGUUGGUUUAAGUGUUGGUUUUGGUUCUUUAACUUGUUUUGUUGGUGUUUUGUGGUUCACUUUUUGGAGAAAAAGAAAGGGUCUAAUUGAUAAUAAUAGAGGUAUUGAUGCUUCUAUUGAUGAUGAUGAAUUUGAGAGAGGAACUGGUCCAAAAAGGUUUAGUUACAAAGAACUAAGCAAUGCAACAAAUGAUUUUGAUGAAAAAGGAAAACUUGGAGAAGGAGGGUUUGGAGGUGUUUAUAAAGGUUUACUUGGAAGCAAAAACAACAAAAUAGAAGUGGCUGUUAAAAGGGUUUCAAAAGGGUCAAGACAAGGGAAAAAAGAAUACAUAUCAGAAGUAAGAAUAAUAAGCAAACUAAGACAUAGAAAUUUGGUUCAACUCUUUGGUUGGUGUCAUGAAAAAAAUGAGCUUUUACUUGUUUAUGAAUACAUGCCUAAUGGAAGCCUUGAUUUUCAUCUAUUUGGAAAAGGGGUUGUGCUUACUUGGACAACAAGGUACAAAAUAGCUUUAGGUUUGGCAUCAUCACUUCUUUAUUUGCAUGAAGAGUGGGAACAAUGUGUAGUUCAUAGAGAUAUUAAGUCAAGUAAUGUAAUGUUAGAUGCAAAUUUCAAUGCUAAACUUGGUGAUUUUGGUCUAGCUCGGUUAGUGGAUCAUGAACUUGGUUCUCAGACGACUGUUUUGGCAGGUACAAUGGGGUACUUAGCACCAGAGUGUGUAACAACAGGGAAAUCAAGUAAAGAGUCAGAUGUUUAUAGCUUUGGCGUUGUUGCACUCGAAAUCACAUGUGGUAGAAGACCAGUUGAAGUGAAAGAAGAGGUUAAGAAAGUUAGGCUUGUGGAGUGGAUUUGGGAACUAUAUGGUCAAGGGAAAUUAAAUGAAGGUGUUGAUAAAGGGUUAUUAAAUUUGGAAUUUGAUGAAAAGCAAAUGGAGUAUUUGAUGGUUGUUGGGUUGUGGUGUUGUCACCCUGAUUAUACUAUGAGACCUUCUAUAAGACAAGUUAUAAAUGUUCUUAAUUUUGAAGCUACUUUGCCUAGUCUUCCAUCAAAAUUGCCUGUGCCUAUGUAUUAUGCACCUCCUAUGGAAAUGUGUAGAUUUUCAUAUACUUCAAAUGGACUCACAAAUACAACUAAAGGGUCAUCCACUUAUUCAUCAAUGUCAGCAGGGUCUAGAAAAUCUUUGUUGUAGCAAUAUUGAAGUUGUGUUGUUAUUUUUUAAAAGUGUUGUGUAUUUGGCUUGUAAUGUAGCAAAAUAAAGUUUGAACUCAAAUCUAUUUUAUGUAAAUUACUCAAA